AUGGCAAACUUCAGACAUAAGGCCAUCUGCCCUAUAAUGAUGAGUGCCGGAGAAUUAGAAAGUGGAAAUGCUGGAGAGCCUGCAAAGUUGAUUAGGCAAAGGUACCGCGAGGCAGCCGACAUUAUCAAAAAAGGAAAGAUGUGUUGUCUUUUCAUCAAUGAUCUUGAUGCAGGAGCUGGUAGACUUGGUGGAACUACUCAAUACACAGUCAACAACCAGAUCGUAAAUGCAACCCUCGUGAACAUUACUGACAACCCUACCAAUGUUCAACUUCCGGGUAUGUACAACAAGGAAGAAAAUCCUCGCGUCCCUAUUGUCGUAACUGGCAAUGACUUCUCUACAUUGUAUGCUCCUUUAAUACGUGAUGGACGUAUGGAAAAAUUCUAUUGGGCGCCUACUCGCGAGGAUAGGAUUGGUGUCUGUCAAGGUAUUUUCAGGUCAGAUGGUGUCCCUAAGGAUGGCAUUGUCAAGAUUGUCGACACAUUCCCUGGACAGUCAAUCGACUUUUUUGGUGCCUUGAGGGCUAGGGUGUAUGAUGACGAAGUGAGGAAAUGGAUUUCUGGUGUUGGUGUGGAGCAUAUUGGAAAAAGGCUUGUGAAUUCAAAGGAUGGACCACCAACUUUUGAGCAGCCUAAGAUGACUAUUGAGAAGUUACUAGAGUAUGGAAAUAUGUUGGUUCAAGAACAAGAGAAUGUGAAGAGGGUUCAGUUAGCUGACAAAUACCUCGGCGAGGCAGCUCUUGGAGACGCGAAUGAAGAUGCUAUCAAGACUGGAAACUUCUACGGACAAGGAGCUCAGCAAGUUGCUUUUCCUGUACAGGAAGGUUGCGCCGACCCUUAUGCAGAAAACUAUGAUCCAACGGUCAGAAGUGACGAUGGAAGCUGCUCAUACAAUUUGUAG